UUUUUGACAAUCCUACUGUAUAAUUAAAAUAUGAUGUGUUUAAGUUGCAUCAUGGUAAAAUAUGUAAAUGUAAUUUCCAGUGAUAAUGGGUUACAUGGCAGAAUUAUUAACAAGUCACACAGUUUAGUUCUUCAUAUUUUUAUUGUGAGAUUUUCGAGGAAACUGGAUGUCAGCUUGAUUUCUUGUAGUACAAACCUCUGCCGGCAGGUGGCUGUAAUGCCCUACAAACAUGGCUGCCAAGCCUUGUUAAACACGAAGAAGACGCUGAUGACGAAUGUUCGGCCAGUUGAUCAAGAUGGCGGCGUUCGGAGCAGAUCGGUGGCUGAAUGAUUUACCAAAUCACACUAUUUUCAAGAAGAUACGAGAAAGGCUGGACCCGGAGUCCGAGAGAAAUGAGAAGGAAACGGCCAAGAACCUGACGUUUUGUCUGGGUGGAGACCUUUUCCUUUGGGACGACUCUGAAGGCGUGUUUUACACCACCAACCUGCGGCAGUUGAACUCCGAAGAGUCCGAAAGCAGCGGGAAGUACCAGACGCUCCAGUGCAUCAACCCGCCUCUGUUCCAGGUGUGCCAGCUGCUGCUGAGCCCCACGCAGCACCUCGUCGCGCUGGUCGGCCAGAGAGGGGUUUCGGUUUUGGAGCUCCCUCAGCGGUGGGGGAAGCGGUCCGAGUUCGAGGGCGGCCGGGAAAAGAUCAACUGCAAGACCAUCCCGGUGGCGGAGCGCUUCUUCACCAGCUCCCCGUCAGUGAAGCUGCGACAGGCGGCUUGGUACCCGAGCGAAACCGACGAGCCCCACCUGGUUCUGCUCACAUCCGACAACACCAUCCGAUUCUACGCGCUGAAGUCGCCGCACACGCCGGCUAAAGUGCUGCCCGUGUCGCAGUCGGAGGAUGAAACCAGCAGCCUCCACCCGCCGGUUCGCUCCUACGCCGCGUCUCUGGGAGAAAUAGCAGUCGCCUUCGACUUCGGUUCGGCUUCCGGUCCUCCGCGGCAGCUGGCGGCGCAGUGCUCCAAAAACCAACCGGUUUAUUAUCCCCUCUACAUCCUCUAUGAAAACGGGGAAACCUACGUGAGUUACACCAGCUAUGCAACCGGCCUCAGCGUGAGCAAACCGGCCGGACCACUGCCCAUGUAUCCCGCCGCGGAGGACAACUACGGCUACGACGCAUGCGCAGUCUUGUGCCUGCCAUGCGUCCCCAGCAUCCUGGUGAUCGCCACGGAAACGGGGAUGCUGUAUCACUGCGUGGUGCUGGAGUGUGAAGAGGAGGAGGAGUGGAUCCGAGGCUCGGAGGCGGUUCCGGCUCUCUACGUGUUUGAAUGCGUGGAGCUGGAGCUCACACUCAGAGUGGCAGCGGAGGAGGACGAGCCGCAGGAGUUUGACUUCACCUGCCCCAUCAAGCUGCACCGGGACCCGCUGUGUCCGCAGCGGUACCACUGCACCCACGAGGCCGGGGUGCACAGCGUGGGGCUCAUCUGGCUCAACAAGCUGCAGAAGUUCCUCCAGUCCAACGAAGAGGACAAGGACAGCCUGCAGGAGCUGGCCGCGGAGAAGCGCUGCAUGGUGGAGCACAUCCUCUGCACCCGGCCUCUGCCCAGCCGGCGCUCGGCUCCGGUCCGCGGCUUCCUCAUCGUGUCUGACCUCUCUCUGGGAGCCACCAUGAUCUGCAUCACCUCCAGCUAUGAGUGCAUCAUGUUGCCCCUUCUCAGCUCCAUUCGCCCUCCCUCUCCACCGCUGCUUUGCUCCGAUCCGGGUCCCGGUUCCGCCAGCUCGCCCCUCCGCGGCCUGGCGAGCGACUCCUUCGAGCAGCACAUCCGUAGCAUCCUGGCGCGGAGCUCCAACAACCCCAUGGUGCUGAAAGCUGGUGACAAGGAGGCGUCCUCACCGCCGGCGGAGUGUCUGCAGCUCCUCAGCAGAGCCACGCAGGUGUUCCGCGAGGAAUACAUCAUGAAGCAGGACAUGGCACGCGAGGAGAUGGAGAGGAGGGUGAAGCUCCUGACGGGUCAGAAGGUCAAGCAGGUGGAGGAGCUGGCGUCGUGCCGGGAGGAGAGGAAGAGUCUGACGGAAGCGGCGGAGAGAUUGGCGGACAAAUACGAAGACGCAAAGUAUCGUCAGGAGGCGCUGAUGAAUCGGGUGAAGAAGGUUCUGUGCAGCCUGCAGAGCCAGCUGCCCGUCCUGUCCAACAGCGAGAAGGACAUGAGGAAGGAGCUGCAGAGCGUCAGCGACAAGCUCAAACACCUGGACAACUGCAUCCGGCAGGUCAACACCAAGCUGGAGUACCAGAAGACGCAGGUGGACAAGGAGAUGUCCGCGUCCAAGACGGCCGUCCCGCUCAGCGCGCAGCAGAAGAAGGUGGUCCAGGAUGUUCUGAGGGAGCAGGGACAGCAGAUCGGAGACAUGAUGAAGCAAAUCAAAGACAUCAAAAAUCAUUUCAGCUUCUAAACGCUCCCAGAAUGUUUCAAUGUUUUGGUUUCACUGACGUUUCUGUCAAUUGUUGAAAAGCUAUGCCAGAAAAUUACAACCAUUUUCCCCACAACUACAUAUUUUCUAAUUACCAUGUGUGCCAUCUUUGUUCAUUUCAGUAACUAAGAGCGGAAAAAGACAUGUAAAUACAUUAAUAUUACUAUUUUUGAUGUGAUUUGUUAACUUUUAGAAUAAACGAAACAAACUUUCUAACA